CAAGAGAGAAGUAGGGGAAAAUAAAACCGGACAGCUGUGGGAACCAUAUCUUCAUACUGCAUGACUUCUCAGCUACCUGCAGUAGCCAGCAUGUCAUUGGUCCUACUUUCUGUACUGUGGCUCAUUGCUCAAACUCAAGCAAUAGCCAUAAAGCAAACAAUGGAAUUAAAGCUCUAUGAAGUGGUCCAUCCUAAGAAACUACACAUUUUGCACAAAAGAGACAUAAAAGACAACCAGACAGAGAAUCAUGGCAAAGAGGAAAAAUACGUGCCUGAAGUUCAGUAUCAGAUUAUAUUAAAUGGAGAAGAAAUCAUUCUUCACCUAGAAAAAAGCAAGUAUCUCAUAGGACCAGACUACACUGAAACGUAUUACUCGUCCAGAGGAGAGGAGAUCACCACGAGCCCUCAGAACAUGGAACACUGUUACUAUGAAGGAUACACCCUAAAUGAAAAGGAUUCUGUUGCCAGCAUUAGUACUUGUGAUGGGCUGAGGGGAUACUUCACACAUCAUGGUCAGAGAUAUGAGAUAGAGCCUCUGAAAAGCACAGACCAGGAAGAACAUGCUGUCCUCACAGAAAGCCAGGAGGAACUUGACCCCGCUAACUACACCUGUGGUGUGAGAAAUGUUGGCAGGAAACAAGUCCUGAUCCGAACCUCUAGGUCACUCCGUAGCUCAGAACAGGAAGAUUUUCUUCACGCUAAGAAAUACCUUAGUCUCUUUUUGGUGCUGGAUAAUGCCUUUUAUAACAAGUAUAAGGGGAAUCUACCUGUAAUUAGAAGCUUUGUGUUUGAUGUGAUUAACCUGCUCAAUGUGAUUUAUAACACCAUAGAUAUUCAAGUGGCUUUGGUAGGUAUGGAAAUCUGGUCUGAUGGUGACAAGAUAAAGGUGGUACCGAAUACAGGAGUCACCUUUAACAAUUUCAUGAUUUGGCAUCGUUCUAACCUGGCGAAAAAGAAGAUCCAUGACCAUGCUCAGCUCCUCAGUGGGAUUAGCUUCAACAAUCGACGUGUAGGAAUGGCAGCCUCAAAUUCCUUGUGUUCUGCAUCUUCCGUUGCUGUUAUUGAGGCUAAAAGAAUGAAUAAUGUGGCUCUUGUCGGAGUGAUGGCACAUGAGUUGGGCCACGUCCUUGGUAUGCCUGAUGUUCCAUAUGAUACGAAGUGUCCCUCUGGGAGUUGUGUGAUGAAUCAAUAUCUGAGUUCAAAGUUCCCAAAGGAUUUCAGCACAACCAGCCGCUCACAUUUUGAAAGAUACCUUUUAUCUCGAAAACCUAAGUGCCUCCUGCAAGCACCAAUUCCUAAGAAUAUAAUAACAACGCCAGUGUGUGGGAAUCAUCUUCUGGAAGUAGGAGAAGACUGUGACUGUGGCUCUCCCAAGGACUGCACCAAUUCUUGCUGUGAGGCCAGGACCUGCAAACUGAAACCUGGAACUGAUUGUAGGGGAGACACUGUGAAUCAGAUCACAAAAUGAGUCAAAAAGUCUACAUUCAUUAAGAAUCUAUCUUGUCAGGACAAGAAUCCGAAAACUCAAAACAAACCAGGAAUCGUAUGUGUUUUCAUCUUUGUAGUUAGACAUAGUUUGUUUUUCAUUUACCACUCUGCCGACAGGUAAACCGAUGCGCUUAGCCAGCUGCCUAUUCUUUAAGUCCUGAUUGUUAGUGGAUUUUUAAAGACCAUGAAGCCACUGUUUAGCUCUGCUCUUUGGAAAACAAAAGAAAUUAGCCUUUGACCAAAACAUCUCAAAAUGCACUGCUGAAUUACUCAGAGUCUACCCAGAAUUGUAAAACACAAGUGACUUGUAUUUUAACCCACUUGCAUUUUACUAGUACAGCCUGUGAAAAAAUAAGUCCAGCUGAUAAUUUGAAUGGAGAGCAGAGUUCAUGUCUCAUUUGUUACCCCUCAAUGUUCAGCUUGCCUUGCUCUUAUAUAUGUAGUAAUUUUUUAUACCAUAUCAAGAUUAAAGAUAAGCAUUUCUCAUUUUAUUAUGUAUAGUCCUUUACAUAUUGUGUUGACUGUCACAUAUGGAGUUUAUUUUUGAAAGUCUACGUGGUUUACAUUUUAAAAUAUCCAUCAAGGAAUGCUUUAUUCAUCUAUGGAUUUAAUGAAAUAUGCUAGCUAAAACCAGUUGCUGUGGUAUUAAUUCCAACUCAUAGUGACCCCAUGUGUGUCAGAGUAGAACUGUGCUCCAUAGAGUUUUCAAUGGCUGAUUUUUUGGAAGCAGAUCACCAGGCGUUUCCUCUGAGGCACCUCUGGGUAUACUCGAACCUCCAACCUUUCACUUAGUAGCUGAGUAUGUUAAUCGUUUGCACCAUCUAGAGACUCCUAAUGAAACAUAGUAGAAAAUAAUAAUUAAAAAAAAUACAACUUUUUGAGGA